CGACAUUAUUUCUAUGAUUAUUAUGCAGCUAAGGCGCUACGAAGGGCUUGAAAAUGCCUCUUAGCACACGAUGAAAUUUUUUGGAAUCCGCCGCAAAUUGCAUGAUGUCGUAGCUGAUGCUGACUCGAGCCUUUCCUUGUCUUGCCUAGCAUGCGAGAAACGUGCAUUAGCGGCGCAGUCGCCGCACUAAUAGCCCUGGCAUGGGCCAACGCGGGCUAAUCGGUUGUGUAUGAGGCCCAAUUUCCCUCCGUCCGAUCCGGAAAUAGGCAGCCGGCGCAGCCAGGAUUCUCCUCCUCCCUGUCACUUCCCUGAACCCAUUUCUCGCACAUCUAACCAUAUUCCCCAUGGAUACCGACUCGGUCAUCGGCCUAGGUGAGACCAUCUUCGACUUCGUCGUCGUGGGCGGGGGUACAUCCGGUCUAGUGGUAGCCAAUCGACUAACCGAGCUUCCUGACGUACGCGUCCUGGUGCUCGAAGCCGGUACUAACCGGCUCACUGAUCCCCGGAUUCUGGUGCCUGGCCUGGCUCCAGCCUCAUACGAGGACCCGGACUUUGACUGGGACUUUCGAUCCAUUCCCCAGGAGCAGCUACAUGGCCGCCAACUGGUGGGUUCCAAGGGUCGCACGCUCGGCGGAUCAUCUGCCAUCAACCUCGGGAUGAUAAUCUACCCGUCGCAAACCGGGAUGAACGCCUGGGAGCAGCUGGGUAAUCCCGGAUGGGGAUGGCCUGAGUUUGCGCCGUACCUGCGCAAGUUCCAUACUGCGACGGGGCCCUCGGAUUCAAUACGGGCGUUCUUUAAUGGCAUGCAGUAUCAGCAACGGGAUCAGGGAUGCGAUGGUCCUGUCCAAGUAUCAUUCGGUGAUCAGUAUAUGCCAUACCAUGCUGCAUGGUUCGAGACUUUCCAAUCCCUCGGGUAUCCCUCUAGCGCGGAUCCCAUCAAGGGCGGGGGCAUCGGUCCCUUUGUCUCACCCGGUGCGGUCGACCCGGCCACCCACACCCGCAGUCAUGCCGGUGCGGCGUAUUUCUCCGAGUCUGUCCAGCAGCGGCCUAAUCUGCGGGUGGUGACGGGCGCGUUGGUAGAAAGGUUGAUCCUGGAGCACCGCAAUGGUUCAGCCGUGGCGACGGGGGUCCAGUUCUCGAAGGGAGACAGGACUUAUACCAUUGCAGUCAACAAAGAGGUUAUUCUAGCUGCAGGAGCGACACAAACCCCGCAGAUCCUUGAGCUAUCCGGGAUCGGAGAUGAUGGUCUGCUCCGUAUUCUUGGCAUUGACCCUGUCGUCAACAACCCUAGCGUCGGAGAGAACCUGCAAGACCACGGGGUUGUGUCCUUUGGAUACGAGGUGGCUGACGGUAUGCCUUCGGGAGAUAUGGCCAGGGACCCGACCGUGGCAGCUGCUGCCAUGGCUGAGUAUCAGAAAAACGGCUCAGGACCGCUGGGAAUGGUCCCGAUGGUUUCUGCAUUUAUGCCAUGCUUGGAGCUUCCCGACGAAGAACGUGCCCAACUGCUGCAACGGAUGGAUGACCUAAGCCAGGGAGCUUCCAGGGCCAUUCUGAAGCAAUCACAGGCUGUGCGCCAGUUGCUAAAUGACCCCAACGAGCCCACCGUUCAAUACAUCCUCGCUCCGUUCCAGCUGCUCCCUCGAGCGGGACCCAGCCCGAAAGACAUCUUCGGACUAGGCCACCCCGGCUUUUUCAUUAGCAUUAUGUCCCUGCUCAGCCAUCCGCUAUCACGAGGCUCAGUCCAUAUCCGAUCCAACAAUCCUGGAGAUAGUCCUAUCUUGGAUCACGGCAUCCUCACCCACCCCGUCGACGUGGAGCUCCAAGCCCGGCACUCGCUAUGGAUGGAGAAGAUUGCCGAGACGCAGCCCAUGGCCACGCUCCUCAAAGAAAAUGGCCAGCGUCUGCACACACCCGAACGUCUAACCGACCUGGAAAAAGCAGAAGAGGCAUGCAAGGAAUUGGUCCUAUCAAUGUACCACUUCAGCGGAACCUGCGCCAUGAUGCCCCGUGAAGACGGCGGCGUCGUGGACCCGCGCCUCAAAGUCUACGGCACGUCCAACAUCCGAAUCGUCGACGCGAGCAUGUUCCCCCUUGUUCCGCGCGGAAACAUCCAGGCCACGGUGUACGCGGUCGCCGAAAAGGCAGCAGAUAUGAUCCGGCAAGAUGUUUAAUUUCACAACAGAUUGUGUAAGUUUUAAUAUGAAACAAAUAAAUAUAGUCACAAAGAAGCGAAGACGAAACAAGAAAAAUCCAACAAUCAGCAGGGAGCAAACAUUCCCAUGGA